UAAUAUCUACGCGUCGGUGUUUUUGUUUGAGCCGUUUGACUUCCAGAGAAGGUGUGCUGUAGCUGUUGCUGUGAUGGUGUUGUUUCCGAACUCACUAACGGAGGAAGAGGAGUCUCUACAGAAGAAGUAUGCUAAACUUAAGAAAAAGAAAAAGGCACUUCUUGCACUGAAGAAGCAGAGUUCAACCAACCAAACAAACCAGAGUGGCUUGAAACGGACGCUGUCGGAUCAGCCUGUUGUUGAUACCGCAACAGCGACAGAGCAAGCUAAGAUGCUCAUCAAGUCAGGCGCCAUCAGCGCCAUUAAAUCAGAGACAAAGAACUCCGGCUUCAAACGCUCCCGAAUGCUAGAAAUCAAACUUAAGGACCCAGAAAAAGGUCCGGCUCCUGCCUUCCUACCCUUCCAAAGGAGUGUCUCUAUAGAUGAUGAUCCACAUGAGUCUGGAAAGAGAGGUCAAAUGAAGAGUCUGUAUGAAAGCUUCGUUAGUUCAAGCGACCGAUACCGGGAUGAAGAAGAAGGAGGCGGCUUGUCGUCCAGCCGUGAUGUGGACCGAGAAAGGGACAGAGACAUAGACAGGGAGUGGGAAAGAGACAGAGAUCGGGAUCGAGACCGGGAACGGGAACAGGAUAGAGACAGAGGCCGGGACAGAGACAGAGACAGAGACAGGGAAAGAGAACGAGAAAGACACAGAGAACGAAGCAGAGAGAGAGACAGAGACCAGGACAGGGAGCGGGACAGAGACAGAGACACACCUUUCAGAAGAUCGGACUCGUACCCGGAGCGCAGAGGUGUGCGUAAGGGGAACACGGUGUAUGUUUACGGCUCCGGCCUGGUGGAGGACAGCCUGCGCUCGGCCUUCUCCCAUCAUGGGAACAUCAUCGACCUCUCAAUGGACAACCCGCGCAAUUGUGCAUUUAUCACGUUUGAGAAGAUGGAGUCUGCAGACCAGGCUGUAGCUGAGUUGAAUGGAGCUGUGGUGGGAGACGUUCAUAUCAGAGUCAGCAUUGCCAGGAAGCAGCCCAUGCUGGACGCUGCCACCGGAAAAUCAGUGUGGGCCUCCCUCGCUGUGCAGAACAGCACCAAAGGCUCGUACAGGGAUAAGAGGAACCAAGUGGUCUACAGUGAAGACUUCCUGGAAUAAAAGAAGUUUUUUUUUUGUUUUGUUUUAAUGAGAAGCUGGCCUGUAUCAUGGAAUUGUUUUUCGUUGAAUUGAAUAAAUCACAUUCUCAAGUAGAAUUCCACAAAACUGGGA